AGUUCGAGCUGAAAUCGCGACGCGUUCGCUUCGCAGCCACGCUUUGAAACACAAAAAAAAACUCGAAAUAUAAAAAAAUAUAUAUAUAAAAAAAAUUUAGACAGUUGAAGAGCGCGCAAAAAAAGCACAUACAUAUAUACAUGUAUAAAUUCAACUAUUUUUAGCGCAUUACUGACAGUGCAAUGAAAUGUGUGCAACAGCAAUAACAACAUCGACAGCAUCAGCAGCAACAACAACAACAUCGACGAAAUACUAACAACCUGUCGUUGUCGCUGGCAAAGCGUUAACAAUAAAUAAACGAAACAAUAGCAACAACAACAAUAACAACAACAAUAACAACAACUGCAACAACAACAACAAUAACAACGACAACAGUUGACUGUACAACAAUGAGCAGAGAAGGCAGACGUAGCAGCAUCCGUGGGACUUUCUAGAGACAACAACCACAUAAACAGUCCACAGAGAUACUAAAAACUGAAACCAGCAGCAAACAGCUAACAAAGGGGCAGGAAGCGGUGUCAGGAGAUCUAAAACAAAAUGCACGAGAGACGCGUCAAGAAAUUGAAGAGCGGGCAUUAUGUGGCGACGCAUGGACGCCUCACACCCGAUCCGCCAUAUGUGCACUCGAAUCGGGGCUAUUCAACGGAUGGCGACGAUUCGCAUUCGCAUCGGGCGCACUCGGAAUAUACGCUGGCCAACGAGCGCAUCUCGCCGCAGUCGCAGGGUCAUUACAACUCAUCGAGGAAGGGGCAGGGCCGCACUGGGAAUGGAUUGGGGAAUGGGGUAAGGGUAAGACACCAUCAGCAUCAGCACCUGCAGCACAGCUAUAGCCACAGUCAGAUGGGUUUGUCCAGUUCACCGGACAAUGGGGGACCCAGGCCGCUAAAUGGACCGCCACCCACACGUCAACCGCCUCGUGCUCCGUCAGCGUUGAGCUACGAUCAGGCCGGGGAUGCGGGCAGCGAUAUCUAUGUGACCAGUGCCGCCUACAAAGCGCCCUCCGAGAUCAGUCGCUACAGCCAUCGUCCCGUGUCGCGGAGUGCACCACGAAGCGUCUAUUCGGUGGCAAGCACAGCCAAGACCGGACGCAGUGGACGCUCGACAACGAAACGUGGUGCCAAAAUCGAAACGAUGUCGGCGCCCAAUCCCUUCUGCCCCAACGUGAAGGGUGUCUGCUGCCUGAUGCUGCUGCUCAACUUGGGUCUAAUACUUGUCACCCUCGGCUUUGUGAUUGUGGUGCAGUUCUACGAGCCCGUCUACGUUUGGGUCUUGGGCGUUAUAUUUCUGAUAUUUGGCUUCCUCACGCUGAUCGGCUGCAUGAUCUACUGUGUGUAUGUGUGCCGGGAUGCGAAGACGCCGUCGCAGGUGCGCAACGAGGACUUGUAUUGGACGCGACACUGGCAAAAGAACAUCGGCUAUACGCCGCAGGAGAUCAACUACAAGGCGGACAAAUAUGAUGCAUACUCCGAUCGCUACUCGGUCAGCAAGCUGAGUGGCAAGUAUUCGGAUCGCGAGAGUCAACGCUACUGAAAGCCGUAGACAGGCUUCACUCACACUUAACUAACUUUACCCAGGCGAAGCGAGGGUCGUCCGAUAAGUUGUUGGCAAAGAAUGCUCAUCUCAAUAUGAGUGAAGUAUCUCAAAACGCGUUGACAUCCAAUUACUUAUUGGUCAGCCCUCGCACACACACACACACACCGACGUGCAUAUAUACAUAUAUUAUUAUAUAACGUGUAAUAACUAGAGCAUAGUCUUUAAACGGUUUUUAUUAACAAGGCCCUCAACACGUACCUGCUGCAAGUUGCUUGCUAGUUUGUACUGUUCUUUAAAUCAUAAACGCAAUUAAGUGAGACAGAGACAGAGAUAGAGAGCGAGAGAGAGAGAGAGAGAGUAAAUACAAAUUGUGUAUUGGAAUGCUGCCAUAUAUGUGUGAGAAGACAGUUAUAUUUUGUUGUUGUUUGUGGCUAAUCAGCGAACGUUUACUUAAAUUCUAACUGAAAAUCAAAUCAUCAAAAACAAAAAAAAAAAUAUUUAAAAAAAAAACAAAAAUA